GAUGGCUGCUCAUGACAGGAUCCGCAUGACAGGGCAGACGACAGCCGUCGUCGUCGUAUGUUUGUUUGUUUAGCAGUGCAUACAUAGCUCAGCAUGGUUCCGCCGAGAAGAACAUGAAAGAAGCUAAUUCGACUAGUGCCGAGCAAGGCGACAACGAUGGUUUACCAAAGAAGCGGAAGCUGGCCACCGGAGAUGGUGACACAUCGCAGUCAGUGCGGUGCAAGUACUACGUCCAACGCAAGAAGCGCCUUUGCAAGAUGACCGUGGGACCAGGGCGUGAGUAUUGCGGUGAACACGAACCUGCUGCAGCAACCACAGAGCAUCCCCAUCCUGCGGAUGGAUUUACCGAGAUCGCCGGUCCGCCUACCGGCCGUAUCCCGUGUCCACUCGACCCGAAGCAUUCGGUAGCAGCCGUCAGACUGGAGAAGCAUUUGAAAAUUUGCAACGCCCGUCCGCCAGGAUCCGUCCCGGUUUUCAUUGUGCCUGGUAUCAACAAUUGCGAUGACGAUUUGCCCACAGUUAUCACGCCUGUUCAGCAGAUUGAAGAACAACAGCAGGAGCAGCAGCAACAGAAGCCGGAAGAAGAACCGUCAUUGCCUAGAGUGGGGGCUCAGAUUGCUACAGCACAGAAACUGUCGUCCCUGCCAGCCGAAGAGUUGAGAGAGUUAAUUCAGAAGGUGCACCGUAUCUUCGAUGCGCAGGUGGGCCCAAUCGAGGAGCAAUCUCCCCGUCACCCGAUCCUAGAUGAUGAGCUGAACAACACCGAGUACGGGCCACAGACGCUGAAACACCUACGCCAAUCGUCCGCCCUGCUCGGGCUGCUUGAAAAGUACGGUUUCCUGUGCGACAGUUCUACCUUUGUCGAGUUCGGAGCCGGUAAGGGUCAGGUAGCUUACUGGGUGGCCCAGAUCGUGCAGACGCAACCGCUUAGCAACUGCGGUGUGCUGUUGGUCGACCGCGCUUCCCACCGGCAUAAGCGCGAUAACAAAAUCGAAGACCGGACGCUGGUGCGGCGCAUCCGGGCCGACAUCGCCGAUCUAGCACUGGAGAAGGUGGACGGGCUGACCGGUCGCCGAGCGAUCGGUAUCGGUAAGCACCUCUGCGGUGGUGCGACCGAUCUUGCCUUACGAUGCUUGGUGCGCUGUCAACAGGAAGGGGACACUCCGGUCCAGGGAGGCCUCUUUGCCCUCUGCUGUCAUCAUCGUUGCGAUUGGCGUAGCUUCGUCGGUAAGUCUUUCUUGCUGGCCAAUGGGAUCGGGCGGCAGGAGUUCGAGCUGCUAGUACGCAUGGUGAGCUGGGCGGUCUGCGGUACCGGCAUGAGCCGCGAGCGGCGAGCGGAGGAGGCAGCUAACGGUGGUGCCAGCGAAGUGAAACUCGACCGUUGUCAGCUAACACGCGCUGAGCGUGAAACUAUUGGCUGGAAGUGCAAACGGAUUCUCGAUAUCGCGCGCAUUCAGUAUCUGGAGUGCCAUGGGUUCGUACCACACCUUCGGCGCUAUGUAACCGACGACAUUACACCCGAAAACGUAUGCCUGGUGUUUGUGAAGAAAUAAAGAAAAGAGUCUACCACGG